AUGUCAGAGACCACUAAUACUUCAAAACCUCGAAAACGGUUUAUAGGAAAAGCCGCAGCAACAAAAAAAAAGCAAGAGGAUGUGGAAACAAGCAAUAUUGAAGAUACUGCGAUAGUAGUU